UUUCUUGGGAUUUUUCAAUCAAACAUGUUCACAUUACACAUUAUUUAGUUCUACCUGUUUGUUGUUUUUGUUUUCUUUGUAAUUUUACAUAUUUUGCAGCGUGCGGUUUUUGCACGUACUGCACGUGUUCUUCGCCUUUUGGAAAAUGACCAAGAUCGGAAAGUCCAAAUUUGUAGACGUCAGGAGUGGUACUCCUGAUAGGAGCAGAAAGAAGAAAUUGAAUAAAUCUAAACAAUUGCAGGAAAAACCAGUGCCAAAAAACGUUAAGGAUGUGGAGAAAAAGAUUGAGAGGACUUCAGCUUUGGGUUCUUUAAUUCCCACAAGAUCGCAAUCCAUAUUGAGCGUAAGUAUGGAUUCGGAGGAUUUUACCCCAUCUGGCAUGACAAGUGGUUUGAACACCCCAACCCCAACAUAUGUGGCUCCCUCUUCGCGGAAAAAUUCCAUUAGGAUGGCAAAAUCUGCAGAUAUCAAGAAACCUGCUAGGAUGUCGCAGAUCUCGAUUAAUUCAUCUAUAGUCCCAGGAAAAUCGAUUAUAGCGGUCAACAAAAAGUUACGUAAUUUUGUCGAGCCAACCCGUUUAUACAAGAUCAAAAAAGAUCGAACAAACGAAAUGGUUCAGGUAAUACCUGGAGCCACGCAAAGUGACGAUAAUGAAGAUGAAUAUAUGAGUACGUAUGCCACAUCGGAGGAAGAACGUCUUGGUGAAAUAGUCCAGGGUGAAGACGAAAAGACCGACUCCGAAGAUGCAAUCACGAGUAUGCGCGAAAGCCAGAUGAGCGUAUCCUCAGACUCGAACAUAAGGAUGCGAUUAACGCUACUACACAGCCUCAGAAGCAUACCCAACUGGGACGAACUGAGUACAACCUCGUCGAUUGGAAAGAUGAAAACCGAGAAGGAGGACGAUGAGGACCUCGGGAGGUUCCGGGAUCCUUUAACCAGCAACUCGAACAGUUUAGGUGAUAGCAUACAGUCAACCGAGCUCGAGUACGAAGAAAUUUUGCCGCCAGAUGAUCCCGAUGUGCAAAGUCUGUCUUCGAUCUCGGCCUCAGAUUUUGAAUCUGAUGACGACAGCGACUGGGAAUCGGAAAAGACGAAACUAAAAUCAAGUUUAAUACCUACUUUUACCGAAAUUUCAUCCGGGUCCUGGUCCUCCCAGGCUUCUACUCACGUUCGUUCCCAUGUAACUUUUCCCAUCGAACAGGUUGUCCAGAGCUAUUUGAAUGGACUGAUUGAAAAAGUGGUGUAUAAGUUCGAAAAUCCGGUCUAUUUGCGGGAAAAAAGUCUGGACAAAAGUAAGCUCCUGGAAAGGCUUUUGAAGGAAGUUGACGAUAAUACCUGGGAAAAGUACGAAAACGAAUUGCUGACCAAACGUCUGACUGAACACUACUUACGCCGGUUUAAAUAUUCCCUGAUAACGCCGAGCAAGGGCUUCUCGGUCAACGAGGCCCAUCGAGGGCGUUAUAUGAGUGCCCUGUUCGAAUUGGACCUCUGGCUUCAGCGGGAACGGGAGGCUGAGGAAAUCUACAUGGCGGAGAGGGAUCGUCUCCUCGGAGAAUUGGAGCAGAUGCAGUCGGAGGACAAUGAAAGGAUCGAGGAGAUGGAGCAGGUUAUAAGAAAAACCAUCUUCUGCCUUCCCCAAGCAUCAGAUCGCCUUAAAUUCGUAACUGAGACCGCAUUAAGUCAAAUGAGAAAAAAGCGUGAUCUUAUGUCCGAGACACGUCUUGUUUUAAUUAUAAAGCAGCAUAACAAUGCAUACAUUAAACAGAAAAUAGAUGAAACAGAGACCAUUUCUGGAGAAGUGAAAAUGGAUACGUAUCUAUCAACUGAAACGGACGUUCAGCAGUUAUCAAAUACUCUAGCUAAUAGAAAUGCAGAACUGCAUCGAAUGUAUGCCCUGAUUAAGUCCAAAAUUCAUACUACCUCCCAUCUAAGAUGUCGGCGAAAGUUGCUGAGUCGCAAAUUUCUGGUAGCCAAAGCAGAGCUGCGUAAGAAACAGCAGCAACAUUUGACGUUAAGGGACCAAUUAUACACCAGUAACUUAAAGCACAACAAACUUCACGCCAAAAUCAAGGAAGUCCGACAAAAAGGUGGCAUUAUGUGCUAUCCCAAGUUACUAGCGGAUUUCGAUCUUACAGUGAAUUUAAUUAUGAUGAAGCGGGAUCGUGUGCAGGAAUUGAAGGAGCAACAUGACAGUCUGCUUAGGAAAAUUGACAAACUUGAAUUUAAGAUUCAAGAAUCCACGUUUAGAUUGAGCAUUGGUUCCUCUGACUAGGUAUAUUC